UUGUUCUUUUUCUUAUUUAUAUGCAGGGCCGGAGCAUCAGUGGACCCCGCAACAGGAAAAUCAAACUGAACUACCAAAUUCUCUGUAUCGUUCAACAAUGGAGUCCCAACAACUGCUGACAGCCGUCAUCCCUUGAACACCAUUUUCUCGUAUAUACACGCGGGCGCACGAUCCUCUCUGUAAGGCCCCAAAAAUGAAAAAAUAGUAUAAGUAGAAUGGCAGCUCAGAUCCAAAAAACAGAAUAAGCUUCAGUAAAGGACUGCAGGCAUCCAGCGACAAAUCCAAGAGCCAGCGACAAAGGCAUCGACGAUAUCACCACCGCGGCAGGCGUUGUGAGGAGAAGAGAUAUAUUUUCUGCCUGUGUCUAUAGACUCUAUACUCAUCCUAAUCCAUGGCUGAGGAGAAGAGAUGGGUGUUGAUGGUGACAGCGCAGACGCCGACGAACAUAGCCGUCAUAAAGUACUGGGGGAAGAGGGAUGAAAACCUCAUCCUUCCCAUCAACGACAGCAUCAGCGUCACCCUCGAUCCCGCCCACCUCUGCACUACCACCACCGUCGCCGUCAGCCCUUCCUUCCACCAAGAUCGCAUGUGGCUUAAUGGGAAGGAAAUACCACUUUCUGGAGGAAGAUACCAAAAUUGUCUGAGGGAAAUUAGAGCCCGAGCUUGUGAUUUUGAGGAUAAGGAGAAGGGUAUUAAGAUUUCAAAAAAGGAUUGGGAGAAGUUGCAUCUGCAUAUAGCUUCGUAUAAUAACUUUCCUACUGCUGCGGGCUUGGCUUCUUCCGCUGCUGGUUUUGCCUGUCUUGUUUUUUCCCUUGGAAAGCUGAUGAAUGUGAAAGAAAAUAAUAGUCAACUUUCUGCUAUAGCAAGGCAAGGUUCAGGAAGUGCUUGCCGCAGUCUAUUUGGUGGAUUUGUAAAAUGGGUCAUGGGAAAAGAUGAAAAUGGAAGCGAUAGUCUUGCUGUUCAACUUGUAGAUGAGAAGCAUUGGGACGAACUGGUUAUCAUAAUUGCAGUGGUAAGUUCAAGGCAGAAGGAAACAAGUAGCACCAGCGGAAUGCGUGACACGGUGGAAACCAGUCCACUUAUACAGCACAGGGCGAAGGAGAUAGUUCCAAAAAGAGUACUUCAAAUGGAGGAAGCAAUUAAAAAUCGCGAUUUUGCAAUGUUUGCUCACCUAACAUGCACAGACAGCAACCAGUUUCAUGCAGUUUGCCUGGACACAUCUCCUCCUAUAUUCUACAUGAAUGAUACAUCUCAUAGGAUAAUCAGCUGUGUAGAAAAAUGGAAUCGUUCAGAAGCAACUCCACAGGUUGCUUACACUUUUGAUGCUGGGCCAAAUGCUGUCAUGAUUGCUCGCAAUAGAAAGGCCGCUACCCUUCUUCUUCAGAAGCUCCUCUUCUACUUUCCUCCACAGUCUGAUACUGAUCUAAGCAGCUAUGUCAUAGGAGAUAAUUCAAUACUGGAGGAUGCCGGAAUUAAGGAUUUGAAGGACAUAGAAGCUCUACCUCCACCUCCAGAAAUUAAGGACAGUGUUGCCCCAGCUAAGAACAAGGGCGAUGUUAGUUACUUUAUCUGCACAAGACCGGGAAGAGGUCCUGUUGUGAUUACUGAUGAGAGUCGUGCUCUCCUCAACCCAGAAACAGGGUUGCCCAAGCAAUGAUGAACCCGUCUUACACAAAGUAUUGAAACUUGUCCCCCUUGUUUUGUUUACAUUUCCUUUUACUGAGUACAUAGCUGUGUACUUUAAUCACAUCCCAGAGAAAAUCAUUCUCUUUUUCAUCACUACGAGUUUCUGAUUGGUUUAAAUUACAAUUUUUGUUUUUGUUCUGAAAAUAAGACUCAAUCACUUCUAAAGUUUCUGAAGUGUUAAUUAAGUAACUCCUUGUUUUAGGACUUGUUCUUUUGUCACUGUUUCCGCACAUUACUAGUGUUUAACUAUUAUUUUCUGAUACCCGCACAUAAAAAAAUCGAUACAAGCAAGAGUUAGUACCCG